AUUUUCACUUCAAUCGUCUCUUUUCUCUCUUCCCACACAAACACUAUAUUACCUUUCCUUUUUCAAUCAUGUCUUGCUUCAAAAGCAAAUACGCCGAUGAGCUAGCUAAAAACGCUGCCUACAUCGGCACCCCUGGGAAGGGUAUCCUAGCGGCCGAUGAAUCCACCGGCACCAUCGGCAAGCGACUUGCGAGCAUUAAUGUAGAGAAUGUGGAAGAAAACAGGCGAGAACUCCGAGAGCUCCUCUUCACUGCUCCCGGUGCCCUCCAGUACAUCAGUGGCAUUAUUUUCUUUGAAGAAACACUCUACCAAAAAACUGCUUCUGGCAAGCUCUUUGUCGAUGUCUUGAAAGAAUCUGGUGUCCUCCCCGGCAUCAAGGUUGACACUGGCACCGUUGAGCUUAAUGGAACCAACGGUGAGACUUUCACCCAGGGUCUUGAUGGCCUUGCCCAGCGUUGCCAAAAGUACUACGAAGCCGGUGCUCGGUUCGCUAAAUGGCGUGCCGUGCUUAAGGUCGGCACUAUCGAGCCAACCGAGCUAGCAAUCCAAGAGAACGCCAAUGGCUUAGCCAUGUAUUCCGCCAUCUGCCAGCAAUGUGGCCUGUUCCCCAUAGUUGAACCUGAAAUCCUUGUUGAUGGACCACACGACAUCAACAAAUGUGCUGCGGUAACCGAGCGUGUCCUUGCAGCUUGCUACAAAGCUCUAAACGAUCACCAUGUGAUGCUGGAAGGUACAUUGUUGAAACCCAACAUGGUGACGCCAGGUUCAGAUUCCCCGAAGGUUGCACCCGAGGUUAUUGCGGAGCACACGGUCCGAGCCUUGCAACGAACCGUCCCUCCUGCAGUCCCUGCAGUCGUGUUCUUAUCUGGUGGACAAAGUGAGGAAGAGGCUACCAUAAACCUUAAUGCCAUGAACAAGCUACAAACCAAGAAACCAUGGUCGCUCUCGUUCUCAUUUGGACGAGCUCUUCAACAGAGCACUCUCAAGGCAUGGGGUGGGAAAAAGGAGAAUGUGGGAAAGGCACAAGAAGCAUUACUGGUUAGGUGCAAGGCUAAUUCUGAGGCUACUCUUGGCACCUACAAGGGUGAUGCAAAGCUUGGUGAGGGCGCUGCCGAGAGUCUCCACGUUAAGGACUAUAAAUACUGAGACUUUGAGCCUCUUGAAGAGUAUAUUUUUGGUGUGCACAUAAGGGUUUUAUUUUUAUUUUGGAUGGGGAGUUUCUCUAAUUUCCCAUCAAAAUUUGGUGUGAAACCUGACGAAUAAGCUUAAGAGCCUUUAUGCUCGUUGACUAUGCACUCAUAGUUUUGUUAAAUUUAUAUUUAUACAAUAAUUUCAAAAAAUAAAGUAAUAAAUCUAUAUUCAAUUACA